AUGUCCUGGUUCAAGCGUACAAACGGCCAUGCGCACAAUGUCUCGGACGCGGAGCAAUACGAGCUACUCGAAGAAGACCUAGCCCCCCCACGUCUGCGGAUGCCCGGGAAACAACCCUCUUAUGAGGAGGGUGCAACCAUCGACUGGCAACGUGAGGAGGCCGCUGAGCGCGAGCGCAAGCGUGUCUUGGCUAGCCAGCGCGGUUUCCAUGGACUACUCUCGCUUGUUCUCGAUUCUUGCGGCAUGUGGCUAGUAAUUAUAUUGACUGGCCUGGGUACUGGCGUUGCGGGGGCCUGGCUGGACAUACUUGUACGGUGGCUUGGCGACUUGAAGGAGGGCCGAUGCACAUAUGGGUUCUUCUACAAUCAAGUUACGUGUUGUAGUGGAUUAGAUCCCGGAGAGGUCUGCAAUCAGUGGCAAACGUGGAGCGAACAUUUCAACAUCAAGUUAGUCUUUGCACAGUCUAUACUACAAUCAUUCAUCUACAUUACACUGGGAAUCACAUUCGCGGGAAGUGCUGCUGUACUGGUGCAGACGUAUGCGCCCUAUGCUUUUCAUACUGGAAUACCUGAAAUCAAGGCCAUCCUCAGCGGCUACGUGCUGGACGCUUUCCUCAGUCCAUGGACCUUGCUCAUCAAAGCACUGGGACUCGCCCUCGCAGUUGCAUCUGGGCUGUCUUUGGGAAAGGAGGGUCCACUUGUGCAUGUCUCCUGUUGCAUGGCAUUCCUGUUCUCGAAGAUGUUCAAACAGGUGUACGGGAACGAAGCCCGCAAACGCAGACUGCUAGCCGCCGCGGCCGUCGCCGGCGUGUCUGUCGCGUUCGGGAGUCCUCUAGGUGGCGUAUUAUUUGGCCUCGAGGAGUUGGACACGUUCUCCAGCGGCACGGACGUCAUGUGGCGGGGCUUCGUCACGUCGGUCAUUGCCGCCAUGGCCUUACAGUACGUUGACCCUUUCGGCACAUCAAAGCUUGUCCUCUUUCAGGUGCAGAUAAGCGAGGUCACGACUGUCUGGAGAGCCUUCGAACUGAUUCCAUGGCUAUUUCUAGCAAUAUUGGGCGGCGUACUUGGUUCCCUGAUGAUCAAGCUCAAUGCUGCGGCCGCAGUCUAUCGACGGAGCAGCAUUUUGCACCAAUGGCCUGUGUUUGAGGUAGUCGGCUUCAGCGCACUGACCGCAGCCGUCAGCUAUCUCGUCGUAUUUCUCCGGGCUCAGUCGUCGGAACUCGUCGCCAACUUAUUCCUGGAGUGCGAUGCCAGCAGGGGCGACUACCACGGUCUUUGCAACCCAACAGCAACAUGGGCAAACGUGUUCCUCCUGAUCCUAACCGCCGCAACGAAACUCGCGCUGACAGCAUGGACAUUCGGCAUGAUGAUUCCGGCAGGUAUUUUCCUGCCAACCAUUGCUAUCGGAGCUUGUUUGGGUCGCGCGGUUGGCCUCAUCACACAGGGAUUACAUCAUGCCUAUCCGAAAGCUUGGAUGUUCUCCUCGUGUCCACCUGAACCAACCGUGCCUUGCGUCUCGCCCGGUUUCUACGCUGUUAUUGGUGCAUCGGCGAUGCUUGGCGGUGUUACCAGAAUGACAGUCUCACUGGUAGUCAUCCUUUUCGAACUCACGGGCGCGCUCUCGCACGUCCUCCCGAUCAUGAUCUCCGUCAUGGUCUCGAAGUGGGUCGGAGACUACUUUGGCAAGGAGGGCAUCUACUCGAUAUGGAUCGCGAUGCGCGAGUACCCCUGGCUCCCGCCGAACGAGUUCCGCGACCGCGGGGAGACCGCGAUGAACAUCAUGAAGCCCGCCGCCGACCUUGUCGUGCUCCGCGAAGACGCGCACGGGUGCACGCUCCAGGACAUCGACCAGGUGGUGCGCACGUACCGCUUCCACGGGUUUCCCGUACUUUUCGGGGACGAGCUCGUCGGAUAUGUCACGCGUGACCGGUUGAAGACGACGCUUGCGCCCUUGUUGGCAGAAGAUGCAACGUCCGGUGCACAGCGGAAGUGCACUUUUGCGGCACGUCCGACUGAGUCGAAUGCGGCUGUCAUCGAUCUCUCACCGCUGCUUGAAGAGUCAGUACUACACCUCCGGAAAGAGAUGCCGCUCGAACUGGUUGUCAGCAUGGUCCAGAAACUGAACCUCCGACAUGUACUAGUGUCAGAAAGGGGAAAACUAGCAGGUAUCAUCACCAAAACGGACAUUGUGCGCUUGGUCACUGCAGACUUUCCUUACACCGCCGCGUUGUCGGAAAGACAGUGGUAGAUGGCAAGUUCCAAGUCUCAGACGAGUAAAUUAUUGAUUGUACAGACGGACGCGUUGAUACUUACCUGUAUGUCGGGAGUAGACAGAUAAUCCAGUGACUUGCGUAUGCCUUU